AUGCGUUUACAAACAAACUCCAUUUUAUGCGCCUUGGUGUUUUUAAUAACAUGUGUUUUCGCCGAUGUGAACGUCGUCUCUCCACACUCCAAGGCCACAUUCAGCCCAAGCGGAGGUACCGUAUCUAUCCCCAUCGAGUGGAUGGAUAAUGGUGCGUACCCCCCAUUAGCCAAAUUCGCAUCGUUCACUUUCACUCUUUGUACUGGUCCUAACAAUAAUAUUCAAGCUGUUGCCAUAAUUGCUAGCAAAAUCAAACCCAGUCAACUGACGCUGGAUGGAAGCGUGUACUCAUACACAGCUACUUUUCCCUCGACCUUAGCUGGUGACGGUCAAUAUUAUAUUCAAGUCUAUGGGUGGGUGGAUAACCAAGGUUCCACCACUCAUUAUACACCAAGAUUCCAGUUGACGUCCAUGGGUGGCACUACAGCCUAUACAUUCAGUGACUCAGUUGCGCCUACCCCUCAGACUUCUAUCCAGACAACCACAACGAACAACGCGCAAGCCACUACCAUUGACAGUCGCUCAUUUACUGUUCCGUACACUCAGCAGACUGGUACGUCGCGUUUUGCUCCCAUGCAAAUGCAACCGAAUACUAAAGUGACUGCUACGACAUGGACAAGGAAAUAUGCUACUAGUGCUGUGACAUAUUACUCUACCUUCGGGUCGCUGCCACAACAAGGAACCACACUAACUCCAGGUUGGUCUUAUACGAUAUCUUCUGGGAUGAACUACGCUACUCCCGCAGCCAUGCCGUCUGACAAUGGUGGCUGGUACGAACCCUCUAAGAGGUUGUCUCUGUCUGCCAGGAAAAUCAAUAUGAGAAAAGCAUGA